UCUUCUGUUAAGUGCGUCCGAACGACGCACUUAACAGACGACUUUAACGUCUCAGACGUUAAAGUCGUCUGGUAUAAAGACGGGACGUCGUAAACUAGGAAGUUUGCUAGCUUGAAGUUCAUUUUUGGGGCCGCUUUAAGUCGUGUCCAGUGUCUACCGAGAGUAGAGCCUAGUCCUUUUUUCAGAAAAUCGACUUUUUUUAAUGAGGUCGUCUACUUUUGUGCGUCCCGUUUUUACACUAGACAACUUUAACGUCUCAGACGUUAAAUGCGUCUAGACGACUUUAACGUCUCUAGCAUAAAAACAGCUAAUGUACAUGUACUGUUUCUUCAGCUCCUGCACAGGCUAAUAACAACAUCGAACGCUACAAUUAGAUACUCAUUAGCUGUGGAUAUAGGGCCAAUAACUCCACGCAGUGAUUUUGUGUUUGUUCCAAAUCGACUUUCAAAUCUGUUCACCAGACGACCUGAAAUACCCGUCCCCUUCCAGCAAAAAUCGUCCCCAGCUGAAGGGGGAGUGGGACACUAAACGCCUUGUGGGUGAGUCGUCCGCAAUUUUGUCUUUUUUUCGACUGAGAAGGCCCAUUCCAUAAUUGGGAUGCCACAGGCAGCUCGAUAAUUUUUUAUUGAACUGGAGGUGGUUAGUGAUAGCUAUGUGAUACCUAUUUACCGGGCCGCGAAGCUUAACAGUGAGAUAAGUGGACAAAAAAUGAUUAUGAUUAUUAACUCAUUUAUCGCUGGCGAAAACUACAAGUUUGGCGCACAAAUGACGUGCCGCACGGCCGUCACGUUUUCUUGCCGACAAAUAAAACAUUUGAAGACAUUUGUUUGGCUCUUGCGGGGUCAUUUCUUCAUCAGAAUGAACUCUGCCGGAAUUCUUUCUGUGUUUGAAACCAUUUUUUUAGAAAAUCAUUUAAUUUGGUUUUAAGCUUUUUAUUAACAUGCCAGCUAAAUAAAACAACGCGAGACUUGACUUGCAUUUGCUUACCUGCGAAAAAUGCCAAAUCAAAUUUCGCCGCCUUCUUCCUGUUGUCGGGAACAGCUUCUUCGUUUAUUUGUUAAAAUUUCCUCAUUUUUUUGUACGGUAGCAAACCGAAAAUGUAUUUUGCUCUUAACUUAACGCGAGCUUGGCGUUGCUCGGAGGUGAAUAGUACUGGAUAUUCCGAGUUUGAGUAACAAAUCAGGGCGCGCUUACUAUUCACUGUUUUAGUAUAUACUAAAACUAGUGACCCUAACAGGUAAAAGAGUGCUUCGAUGGUGUCAGUGAAACCAUUUUAUUAAAAAUCGUGUAUCUAACAAGACAUAAAUAAUAAUUACUUCUCAAUUUUCACAGUGGAUGUCAGAUUUGGGGCAUGCCCAAUAUCGUUAUUUUUACAGUCAAUGAUUUGUUGUACGCAUUCCAUCACACUGCAAGCCGUUCCUUAAAAAUAAUGAUUAUUUCAACUUAUUUUGAUUGUUCAUAUCAGACAUGCUGGUUGCAAUACAAUAGACGUAAUUUUAAUGUCAAAAUUGAGGUUUGUUUUUGAAGGGAAAAGCAAAGCCUUUUUAAAAAAGGCAAUAAAAUAGUUAUGAAAAGACAAUUUUCAAUCACAAGUAAUUUCCAACUGGACCGAAGCGUUCCGUUUCCACCACAAUUUUGAUCAUUUCUCUCUCUGAUAAUAUCUUCAGUUGUUACUAUGCACUGAAGAAAAUAUAUAAACAGCUACCACAAGCCACUUUUAAAGGUCGUCAAAAUGCUUUAUGACAACAUAAUGUAAAAGAGAAAUUCAUCCCAAAGACUUAUUAAAUCGAGGAUUUCAACUAACCUCAAUGACGAACUUCAUGAAACCGAAAACGCCAGUGGAGUUCGGUGUAUAAAGGUAAUAGGCGUAGGAAUUGUGGUAAAAAUCCUUUGCAUUGUGGUUAAAAGAAACAGAUGCAUUGUGGGUAGAAAUCGACAAUUUUUGUCCUUGUGCGGAUUAGCUCUAAUGCCUUGCUCUUUCGCUCCAGGCUCGCUCGUGCGGUAGCAACUAAUUAUUAUUACGUAACAGCUUUGAUAAACUUCGGUUGCCUGAAGUUCAAGUGCUUGCUCACCCUUGUGUUUUGUUUUGCAGAAUGCCCACCAUCGACGUACAAGGAUUUCGUUGGGUAUGCUGACUCUUGUACCGCUUGCCCUGUUAAUUCCGGCCACUCAGGCAUGGGAAAAAUCUCAAUUGAUACAUGCGAGUGCUUUGAGGGAUACUGGCACUCACAAGAUCAAAUCAACUGUACAAGUAAGGAAUAGGAGUGAAUAUGGGGGUGAGAUGUCGUUACGUCAUGUUGCCAUGGUAGCAAAAUUUCUGGAUCUCAGCAAAACGUGGUCCUGCAAAUAUGGCGGCCAUGUCGAUCAGUGCGCUCCCAUCUUUCUUCGCUGAUGAGCCGAAGUCCUUCAGUCGGGGAGAGAACUACUACAGUUCUAAACAUGUUGAGUUGUUUGGAUAUUCCAAUAGGGCAUUAUAAGAUGUUACCAUGGCAACGAGAACGUCAAAAAAGCAAUAGGUUUCAAUGUCGUACCUACCACUGUAUUAUUACGCCUCUACAAAGCAUUUAUAUUACCACACUUCCUGUAUUGUUCUACCGUAUGGCAUUUUUGUGACUCUCAAAAUAAGGAUAAGCUAGAAAUGUUGAACAAACCCGUUCUUCGGGUCAUCUUAAAUGACAAAGUCUCAUCAUACGGUGACCUAUUGCAACGGAUUAGAUACUGUUCCCUCAGGAACAGGUGGAUAGAGAACAUGCUUAUAAUUAUCUUCAAAUGUCUUCAUCUUGAACAGUAUCCGCAGUAUCUUAAAGAAUUGCUUUCUCUGAGAUCUGUCGAUUACUCGAUGAGAGGUACUGAUAUCCUUAGUCUUCCUAAACCUUUUACUUCUUUUUAUGGCUUAAAUUCUUUUAGUUAUACUGCUGCUAAGUUCUGGAACGCGUUGCCUGACAAACUGAGAACCCUUUCGUCUUUGCAUGAUUUUAGUUUAACAAUUCGGCGAUACAGAUUAAUUAAUUAAUUGUAUUAAGAGUUAAGUAUUUUCUCUAGUUAGUGUAUACCAUGGUAUAUUUCAUUUUAGGAUUUUAUUUCUAUCUCGGAGAUACGAACCAAUUUUUGGCUACUCUGUAAUUCGAGAUAUGUAUGUAUGUAGUUAAAGAUUAGCAAAACAACAGCUUUGCACGAGCAUGACACUUUUUUGUACAUUUCUUUACCGUCACUGUAUGCAUAUGUUUGCAUAAUUUCAUGUUUUAUCGAUCACGUGUACAUGCGAUGACGAAUUUCUGCUCUUUUUAAACCUUAAAAUUUUUUGUAAGAAUUCAACUCCAGAAGAGUUCGCCUACAUUAGACAAAGUGAGCGAGUUAAGUUAAUCGGGCUGAAGUGUCAAAGAACGCACUUUUUAAGUGACGUUUUAAACUCUUAAACGCCGUCUUAAACUUCCUAUCAUUGUUGAGAUCUAGAAAUUUUGCUACCAGUAUAACUUGGCGUUGCACUUCCCUUCUCUAUCGACACUUUUAUCUGCGCUUAGAACGCACACCAGGUUGAAACUGAUGAAAAUGUUUACAAGAUGCAGUAAAGUUGUGCGAUGUAAGUUGUAAGUUGAUCUGGACCCUUUCAUUGGGUUUUUGGAGCGAAUAAUAUAUAGAUUUAGCCAGGGCUAAAAGCGAAGCUCCUAUUAACUCGAAUUUAUAAUUUAAAUCAAACAAUAAACUUGCAAUUGUAUGUUACAAAUCAGUUAACUUUUGAGCACAUUCAUGUGGCUUUUGAGGGAAAGGCUAAGUGAUUUUAGAGAAAAAUAAUUUGCAAACAGUCCAAGCUAAGAGUGAACUUAAUCUUACAUCGAGUUGAUAGCCUUAUAUGUACACUCAAAAAAUAGCAAUCAUCUUCGAUCACAUUCAAGAGCCAUAAUGGCUCUUGAUCACAGUAGAUUAACUGGAAAACAAAUUCUCGGAAAACAAAUCAGGGCCAAUUUUUUGCGUUCGACAAGUUGACAAUUUAUUUUGCAAGAUCUUGCUAACAAGUCUGUGGACGUGUAAACCAACCUUUUAUACUUUUUAUACAUCAUCUGAGGUGAAACAAUACCAUGAGGCACUGUUUUUAUCAUACAGACCUCGGACAGAUCACAAUUUUGCAAUACAAAUUGUACUCAUUCAACAUUCAGGUCGAUCGAAGCACGCGUGGGCUUUUACCGAAACCGUUAAAAAAUUUCUAAAAUCACCUAUACGGCUUGCCGGUUCUCAGUUUUGACAAGCGCCUAAGUCGACUGUUUAAAUCAAGAUUAAUAGAGUUAUACGCUUUAACAUGAUAACAAAUUUAUUAUGUUUAUUUCUUUAUUUAACGGUUUUAUAACAAUGUGUAAUCUUCAAAAGCGUUUGAUACACGCGGAUUUUGACUACUCCUGCAAGCGAUGUUCGUGAGCGACUGAAAACAAACAGCACAGCGAUUAAAAUUGCGAAAGAGACUACUAAUAAUCAAUAAAAGGAUAAUAAUUCGGUGAAACAUAUACAGAGACAACAAUUUUCAUUCACGAAGACAAGCAAAAAGUGUCUCUGAAAAUCCUUGUUUAUGUUUUAAGCCGGCUUCCCGGCGUUUGCUUUUUUCAAAGUUGAACUCGAGGCAAGAAAACCGCUCAAAGCUUUCUUUUACAGCCAGAAUUAUAACUAAAUAUUCUUUGGAACGUUUUCAUUCUAUUUGCAGUGAGAAAAUGUCUAAAGGCUUUUUAAAGUUCUAUAAGCUUAUAAUCAAACCUGAUACUCGGUCAAAUCGAUCAUUGUCUCAAAUCUUACAAACCUGCAUAAACUAAAUAGCCGCAUAAACUACGCCCGACUUCAUUAAAUUAGAUAUAAAAAACAAACAUCAAAUACAAUAAUUACUCAGGCUUAGCAUUCGAGAUGCUCUGAAAACUAUCAAGUAACGCCAGAAUCGCUUGAGACUUUUCAACCCUCUUACGCAUCAAGCAAAGUGAAAAACGAAAACGAUGCAAUCCGAAAUCUGAUUUCCGACUUUGACAAGCGACGUAUUUCUCAACCAAAAACCCAAUAAACAAACGAGCUAUGAAUAACAGAAGACUCUUGAUAGCACAAGAAUUUCAUUUUGUACAUUCAGCGGAGAAAGACAGUUAAAAACAUCACAAGUUGACACAAAACUCUGUCAGCUUCAGCUGUCAAAGUAAACAAGUUUCAAGAUGCUGCAUAAAUUUUCCGCAUGAACUCACCUGUCAAAUUUUGACCAAUCAGAGCAUUAAAAUUGGACGUAGAGCGUGACCAGCGCGUGACCUUGGUGAGAAAAGUCAAAAGCAACUUGCAUGUCUUCCCUGCCUGUAAAAACUGGCUGAAUUUUAGCUUCCGAGGUCAGUUUAAAAUCAAAAUUUUAAUUGUGCGACACAUAUAAAACACAACAUAUUUCAUAUGAAUUAAAAAAAAUUAAACUUGAGCCAGCGAGCAUUUGAAAACUAGUAACUUGUCAGCGGAUAACUACAAAAAGAUACUCGACCUCGAUGGGUCGACACCUGAGCCCGCGAUACGGUCAGGUGAUACUGGUUAGCGGAUACCCUUUUUUGACAGCUAUCAAUUGAUCACAAUAUUGAUGUACUAUAUGUGUGCAAUAUCAGUUUUCCCGUGCUACCAAACUAGCUAGAAAGUGUGAGAUUGAACAUCGGUUCUCCUGUGGUGCGGACGGACGGGCGGACUGCGGGCGGUGUACGGUCACGUGAUUACCAAAUUUUCUCGGAUGGGUAGAUUUACCUACCCAUGGUGCUCCGCAGGCGCGCUUCGCGCGCCAGAGCUUCGCCAUGAAGACAGUCACAGAGAAGACCCUAUUCGCUUGUAUGUUAUUUUCACUGUUCAGAUAAGAAGCAAAGCAACAAUGGUAAGGAAAUGUCAGAAUGCAAAAAGGUUCAAAGCAACCUGUAUAUUAAUUUUUAGUCUCACAACCAACUUCCUUAUAACAAAAUCUUGUCUUAGUCGAAAUAACACAGAAACCUCUUGUGAGGAACAUGUGAAAUUGUAAACUUUUCUUGGCUGUUAUUAUGAUUGGUCGAAACUUUUAACAAAGAGACAUGGCCUUUCAAAACACACCUUAAAUACUUUUAUUUCGUAAACUGCCUUUAUUUGGGUUAACGCUUUCUCUUUGCGAAAAUGAAACCAUUCCAAAAGAAUUUGCUUCCCGUCUUUCCCGGAUCAUUUCUUAUUAGAGAGUUAAAGCUACACGUAUACGGCCAACGGCAAACUUCAGAUUCAGUUGAGAAUUUCUCAAAAUAGAAAAUGAAAAGAUAAAAAUAGCUGAAAACAAUUCUUAUGGAUAAAAAAUUGCGUCAAACUUCUAAUUUAGGUGUAGAAGUAAUAAACAGUAAGCAAAACGUAAAGAGGAAACUUGUUCACGUGGUACAAAUUCACGUUUGUCGUUUGACGUAAACGUGAUGCUUAACCCUCUCUAUUAAGAGACUACUCCCUAGAGUAUUGUAACAUUACCCUACUGGGGCAGUUAAAAAUACAACUGAAGUUCUUUUGCAUUUUCCAUGUGAUUUUACAUCUCAAGUUGCUACAUUGAGAGGCAAACAAUAAUUUGAAAGUCUCUAUGUUUGUGGUUUCAGCUUCGAGACUUUAGCAUUGUUGUAGAGUUAUGUUGGGUAAGUUCUGGUGCGCUCCCUUGGCUAGGAUCCGAUACACGAUCACCAGGAUCAUAAUGCAUUAAAGGAAACUACCUAUUCCCGGUUCCUGAAAGGCCGAUUAGCGCUAAUCCAGGAUUACAAUUUUAUUCCACUUUUUGUAUUUACAUUCCCUUGCAUUGCAUAGAGUGACAUUUUUUAUUAUCGUUACUUUAUCUCAGAGUAAAGGCUUAACAGUAUUUUUUGAGCUUGAGGUAAAUGUUCUUAGACAAGAAAAGUGUGCUUACAAGAAAAGUGUGCUUAAAAGUUCUUUUUAUCUUGGGUUUAAUUUACCGUAUCUAUCAUUCGAGGAACCGGGCCAGGGUGGAAAAGAAUUCAUCAUACGCAUCAGUGCAUUAUAAUGCUUGUGAUCUUGAGAAAUUAGGCUAGUUCAAAAGUCCUUGGGUAUUCCGUAUUAAAAGGCAGCGGCCUCCUUUAUUUAAAAGAAGUGGGUGCUUGAGGGUGGUAGAAGGAUGACAGCAAAUGUUUUUUCUCCGGUAUGAAGUUUGUUUCACCUUUUAGGCGUGCUAUUGGAAUGUUUAUACGAGUAGCGAAGUAGCCCUAGCAAAAUCACUUAAAUGACAGGUUCUGUUUGUCGUUGCGAAUAUAACCAAAGACAAGCAAGCUAGCUGAAAUUCACUCGAAGGAAAACUGAUCAUACCUUGAAUAAGUAUUUCCCUAGGAACAUGUCAGCAGUAAAAACAAAGGAAACCCCUUGCCUUUCAACUCUUCCAAGCGAACAGCAGCAACAUUUUAGUGUAAAAUGCGUACAACAAAUAAAUGUGACGUCACAUAAAGAUCAAAGCCAUUGCGCAACAGAAUUCUCUCAAAUAGUGUUCUUUCUCACUAAGAUCCACUAAGGCUCGCCUGGAAAUACGUUAAACUAUUAUCUAAUAUAUUUUAAGAUUUAUUGUAGCUCUGCCAUUGAUUUUUGCAUGUGUAAUUAUGAUAAUAUUUUGCUUUAAUAAUAUAACUGACAGAGCCCAUUCAUUAUAAGCCAGAUGGCUUCCGUUGGGCUUCCUCGCCAUUAGCGUUUAAAUAAUUAGAUUUUCUUGUUUUUGUAUUCUUACCUUGACAGUACGAAGUUGCGAUGCACUGUCAGCUCCAGCCAAUGGCACAAUAUUGGGAUCUUGUAACAAAACAUACCAGUCAGAAUGCACUUUUCAAUGCGACCAGGCGUAUGAGUUAUCAGGGAGCAAGACCAGACAAUGUAUUGUUGAUGAGAAUAAUAUAAUGGCCUGGAGUGGCACUCGUGUGGAAUGUAAAGGUAAGUGUGGUGGCCUAAAAAUUGAGCUCUCUAUCUUCGGUGAAUCAACUGGCUAGCUGUAGUGCACACCUCGACGACGUUUGUGCUUGUGUGUCCAUAGCCUGUGUCGCAGACGUAAUUUAACCCCCUUUAGUGACGUCUGCGAAGCGAGGCCGAAAUCCUUGUUCUGGGCCCCCAAUGGGCUUAACGAAUUACCGGAAAUGCGUUUCGAAAUUCCAUUCAACCUGAAUGGCAAAUCGUUAAUGGCUUUUUUAACAGGCCAAUCGUGCCGCGUACUCAAAUCUGGUUCACAGAAGGGGGACUAGAACAAGGAUUUCGGCGCGGUUUCGCAGACGGACUUGACGAGAGUCUAGUUUCGUCUGUGGCGCAGGCUACCGUGUCCAGUGAUUCAUUGAUUUAUUUAUCUGGAGUACGUUGGAUAAAUCAGUGUAAUCAUCUUUAGGAGGUGACUACUGCUCAAGACAAAGGCUUCUGACGUGAUAACCAGCCAGACGUAACAAAUCGAUGAUGAAUGACAUCAAUGAGUAAUCGAUGAGUGAUCAUUGAGUAAUCAAUUGAUUGGUCAUGGAUUAUUCGCUAUAAUCAAUGGGUAAUCGAGGACUAAUCGAUGGCCAAAAAUUUUGUGGCCUGUCGAUUACUUAUCAUCUUGUUGAUGUCAUCGGUGAGUAAUUGUCUUGUUUGAUUACUUAUCGAUUGUCUAAUGAUUAUCCAUCGAUUAGUCAUUGAUUACACAUCUCAUACAAUUUCUAGCAAUUUUUUUUCUGAACUUGUUUCCGGUGAUAAAAAAGUUACGUUAAUGGUUCCUGGCGAUAAUAAUAGCCAAAUAGGAAUUGAACUUGUCGCAAAUCAAAUUUAUUUAUUGGACAGUAACUGAAAUAUCAAAAACGAAAUGUUCAGAAGGUUAAGUUAUCUGUCUUACUCUCUUGGCUAUUAGAGGUCGGUGUCGUUCUUGAGAAACAGCCACCGCUGAGUACCUACCGGCGGGUAAACGAUUUCCGCGUUUAAGGUGGUUCUUUCGAUUUAUCCAGGUUUAAAAUAGGGAGAGAGAAAAUAGAGGGAAAACAUUAACUGCACUGCCCACAAAUGUAUCUCAUUUCGAUUCAAGCAUUUUUACGUUUCUUAAUAAAGCAGGAGAACAUGCAGUUUGUGAUAACCUAACUUCACAUUGUGAAUCGGUAACUUCCCCUCUGUUUGGCAGUAACUUACAGUAUCGUGUCUUUUUCCCGCGAAUUUUAAUUAUGUUAAUGUAUUUUCUUUGUUUUCGAGCACGUGACUAAGUUGUGGUCUCUCGGCCACAAAAUUUUAAGCUUAAGCGUCGAUGUUUUCGCGUGGAUUCUAUUUUCCCUUUUGUAGGUUGAUAGUUCAGUUUGAUGCGGUUGCAUAAACAAGUUUUCAAGUAUCGAGUAUCGCCGAUGUAUUUGUAUUUGCUCUUGAAGGAGCGGUGAAAGGAAACAGUGGAUUAAACAAGAUUUACUAACGACGCGUGGACUAGAAAUUUGUACCGAGUGUGUGACCUUUUCGUCGAAGUACAUAACAUAUAGCGUUCUAGUAAGCACAGGAAUAAUCCAGAUGGUUGGAAAUCCCAUGCGGUGGCUUUUUCUCAACAAAGAACUGCUGCUUCGGCUUAGGAAGCCUUCCGUCAUAAGCAGCGGCAUUGACACCCAUAGCUGCAGUAGCUAAAACAAUUACGCUUCUAGCCCUAAUAUUGCUCGUCCUGCAGGUUUGCUGGGAUGCAGUGGUAUGAUUCUGUGUGGCAAUUGUGCUGUAAAGAUUAACAAGUUGCUUUUGAAAUGAAAGCAAUUCCUUUACUUUUAGCAAGUGCUUUAAACCCGCUAUUGACAUAUUUUCUACUGGCCUUGCGUUGGAUUUUUCUCGUUUUUUCUUAUUCUGCAGCUCCCUUGCGUUUUUUUUGUGUGCUUUCAAGUCGUUUUCGUUGUCUUUCGAUUUCCUGCAGUAGGUGUUGAUGGUAUAAUCAACAUAAACUGAUGGGACAAGAAACUUAGUCCAGCGUACGCGCGAGAUACGAAGUACUGUAGUUACCCCCAAACCUGCGACCUACUCGCCAUGUGAGUCGACCAUAGCUAAGUUGUUAGAGCGUCCUACCGGUAUGUGGAAGGUCGUGGGUUCGAUUCCAGCUGGGGGCUCGGAUUUUUUUUCGAGCAUUUCUUAGUUGUACUUACUAUCUAUUUUUAAUUUAAACUGAUAGGAAUCCAAAUAAUUAUAUCACUUUGAACGCAGAAGCAUGAGAAAUACAUUUCCAGUAAUUCUUACACGGUCUGUUGUGGAAAUAUUCCCAGAAAAUAUGCGAUGGGCAUUUUUCCCCUUUCCGGAUUUGAUGUUAUUCUUUCAGUUUCUCUAAUAAGAAAGUCGUUAUUUAUCCACGCACAAAUAAUUUCCUGGUGCUUUAGCCGCUAUCAGGAGUUGUUGUCCUCUUCACUUGAAACAAACAUCUGUAUUGUUUAUCGUGGGCAACAAAGAACAUAUUUUGUCUUCAGAAGAGGGAGAAUUUUGCCAGGCCAAAAAUUCAGCAGUGUGAUAUAUGUGACCUUCUUGGCACAAAUAUGAAGGAGGAUUUUGUUGAAGAUGUUUUGAAUUCGUCUUAAAACACUUCGCUUUGAAUAUGCAAUUACAGACGAGAAAACCUUCCUGUGAAAAACUUUCUUGGACGAAAGGAACUAUUAUUACCAAUUAGGUAGAACUCAAACACUCAGACGCGUAACUUUAUUUGCUAUUUUGUCAAUUUGUUUUUGUGAUUAUUUCUCUAGAGAGACGUUGCGAGAUACCAUAUGUGGCUAACGCUACAGUACCCACUGGCACCUGCACAACAGUCGCACUGACAUACCUAACAAGGUGCAGCUUCAACUGCCGCAGAGGCUAUGAACGAUCAGGCAGUGAAACAAUCACAUGUCAGCUGGACAAAACGUGGUCUCCUUCUCCUCCAGUCUGCAACCGUAAGAAAGAAAGAAAAAAACUCUGCUUUCGACUUAUGAUAACACAAAAUGUUUGAUAAACGAUCCUCAGGCGAAAAUCAUGGUUAGCAUGCACAGUGUGCCAUCCUGAAGCUGACUGCUGAGAUAAUGCCCAUGUUAUGCUAUUCAAUGACGAACCUCUUUGAGCAGCCAAUCUCCAUUGAGCGGCCACUUUCCGGUACCCCGAGGGUGGCGGUUUAAUAGAUGUUAAACUGUAGUUUACAAUAACUGUUUCAGCUCAGAGUUGAAACAAAGUAAACACUGAAACUUAGGCAAUAAGAUUCACUUCCAAAACGAGAAAUAUCACCCAAUUUCACCUAGUUUCACCCAAUUUCACCAACAUGACUGCUUGGUCGUUAGUUUUCUUAUCAAAUUGAAAAUAUUUUUAAGCAUGAAACCUAGGCUUGGACAUUCAUUGUAAGGAUUCAUUCGCUGUUGGGAUAGAGACUGUUGUAUUCAGGACUAAGGAAGGAAAUAUAUUUUAAGGUUUGUUUACUCUAGCGGGAUAACUUUGAGCUGAAACGGUGUUUCAUUUGAGUAUUGAACAUUUCGACAUCAUUUCUAAGGUCUCCGAGAGUGCAGACAAUUGGAGAUUGUUGCCUAUUUUUGCUAACAAAUUACUUGAAAGUGAAUAGUACUGAGGAAAAAACUUCCAACUCACCGGUGCGCGAAGAGCACUAUUUACUAGUUUGGUAUAUUGUAAUAGUUUAUAUAUGACAAGCGUCAUGUAUCUAAUCGUUUUUUGUAACUUUCUGCCUUAGCGAUCACGUGUCCAGUGCUUCGCCCUGCAAGUGUCGGUUAUUACAGCCCAGCAACUUGUGGUGACAGGGAGUCGCCAGUUGACGCAGUCUGUACGCUGAUCUGUCCACCUGGAUACAACAUUCACUUCCCAGAAAGCAUCGUAACGACUGAUACAAGAGUGUGUCGUGAAAAUGGAACUUGGCAAUAUAGAGAAACGUCACCAACCUGCCAAGGUAUGAUCGCUAUGGUUUUUAAACAGAGUUUAGUUGUUGUUAAUCAAAACUGCAGUGUAACUUAUUUUCAAGUUGGUUAAUUCUCUUUCUCGCGCAAACUUCCAUGAGACCAUUUAUACCUUUAUCCUUUAUCAUCACCAUUUAUUCCUACCAAAGAAGCAGUUUGGAUAAGAAUGGUAGGGGAAUAGCCUGAGCCUCCUGGUCUCCUUAGAAACGAUUUACUCCUCGCACACAGAAUAUCGGUAUGGCGAGGUCACUGGUUCAAACCCCGUUGAAGUCCUGAAUUUUUUUCAGGCUUCUUUACGCAAUUGCAUAAAUUGCGUUCACUGCGACGAUAAUUCCUUCAUCUUCAUUAAAAACAUUGUUUACUGUUCAGUGUAGGUAGUUACAAGACGACGGCGCCUGCAGUUGAUCGUGGUAAUCAGUAACAUGCAUGACCAUCCCUGCUAAUAUAUCUCUUUCGAUUCAAAAGUACUUAAAGGAGCUUAAUUACUUUCUUUUAGAGGCCGGGGACGAAUUCGAUUGUCAAAAGAGGCAAUUUCAUGGAACUUUUAACCUGUACAAUCAUGAUAUUUGACACUGCCAGUAAUUAUGCAAAUACGCAAAAUGGCAGAUUAUAAUGUACUGUUGGUUGCAAUCCCAGAAGAUACCC